UCAUGCAGGCAGUACAAAAUGUAGUAAGUGUGGACGUAUUUUUUAAACCUUCAGCUAAAAUAAUUACACGUGUUGCAUUUUGAUCAGAGAGAGCCACUGUAUGAAUUUUGCACCCUGAGUAGGAAUAAUAGCUUCCCCACAGCCAAAAUUCAUAAAUGGUUGUUUGUCAACUUAUAACCUCACUUUUUCAAAUUGUUAAUGCAACAAAAACGCCCAAUGUAAUAAACUAACGCAGAAAAAUGGGUGAACCGCCGAAGAUAAAGAAACUCGAGGAGGCCGUUAUAAAUCGUAUUGCAGCCGGCGAGGUGAUUCAGCGACCGGUGAAUGCGAUCAAGGAAAUGAUCGAAAACAGCAUCGACGCGAAAUCGACCAACAUUCAAGUGACUGUCAAACAAGGCGGACUGAAAUAUAUUCAGAUACAAGAUAACGGGUCGGGUAUCAGAAGAGAGGAUUUCGAAAUCGUCUGCGAACGGUUCACCACGUCGAAACUGCGCGAGUUCGAAGACCUGAGCACGAUCGCCACUUACGGAUUUCGCGGCGAAGCACUGGCGAGCAUCAGUCACAUUGCGCACCUAACGAUACAAUCGAAGACCGGAAACGAGAAGUGCGCGUACCGGGCCGCUUUCGUCGACGGCAAACUCCAGGAGAGUCCGAAAGCCGUCGCAGGUGUUCAGGGGACGCAGAUCGUCGUCGAGGACCUGUUCUACAACAUGAACGUUCGAAGGGCCGCGAUGAAGAACGGCGCCGAGGAGUAUCAGCGAAUUAUCGACGUCGUCGGCAAGUACGCCGUCCACAACUCGUCGAUCGGUUUCGGUCUGAAAAAGUUCAACGAGAACAACGACAUUCGCACGCCUCCGAAUUCGAACGCGAUCGACAAUAUACGAACGAUUUACGGAAACUUAAUCGCGCGCGAACUGAUCAAUUUUAACGUCGAAAACGACGAACUGAAAUUCAAAGCGCACGGAUACAUGACGAACGUGAACUACUCGACCAAAAAGUUCACAUUUCUGCUCUUCAUCAACAACAGAUUGGUCGACUGCACGGGCUUAAAAAAAUGCAUCGAUCAGGUCUACACGACUUACCUUCCGAAACACAUGCACCCCUUCGUUUACUUGAGCCUCGAGCUGGACCCGCGCACCAUCGACGUUAACGUCCACCCCACCAAGCACGAGGUUCACUUUCUGAGCGAGGACCAGAUCAUCGAAUCGCUCACGUCCGCCAUCGAAACGAAGCUUCUCGGUUCGAACAAUUCGCGCGUGUUCUUCGUGCAAACUAAGCUUCCGGGGGCGGUUUCCGAUACGAAAGAAACGGGCCAGAUCAGAACGUACGACAAGGACUUGGUGCGAACGGAUGCAGCCGAACAGAAACUGGAUAAGUUUUUCGUCCCUUCCGAUUUAAACCGAAGCGAAAACUACGAAACCGCCUUCAAGCGGGACAACGAACACUUCUUGGAGAAGGCCACAGAUUUCGAAAACGCGUUAAACCGAAGCAUUUGUCUGCGCUCCUCGCUCACUAAAAUACAAAAUGAAUGCAAAUUGACGAGCGUCUUGCAGCUACGACACGAAAUCGAGUCGCAGUGUCACAAGACGCUAAGGGAGUUGUUCGCGCAGCACGUCUUCGUCGGGUGCGUCAACGCGAAACACUCGCUCGUGCAGCACGGCACCAAGUUAUACCUAUGCGACACGACUCGCAUAAUGGAGGAGGUGUUUUACGAGUUGGUCAUGUAUAACUUCCAAAAUUUCGGCACGAUCAACCUUUCCGACCCGUUGCCGCUCAAGGAGCUUGCGCGUUUAGCGCUCGACCUAGCCGAAACCGGUUGGACGGAGGAGGACGGGAAUAAAGACGAGCUCGCGGAGAAGGUCCAAGAGAUCCUGACCGAAAAAGGCGACAUGCUGAAGGCGUACUUUUCGAUCGACAUCGACGAGUUCGGCUACCUGAAGAGUCUACCGUUACUGCUAGACAAUCAUCUGCCGGAAAUGGGAUGUUUGCCGAUGUAUAUCCUACGAUUGGCGACGGAAGUCGACUGGGAGCACGAGAAGAAAUGUUUCAGGCAGUUCGCGAGGGAGACGGGCAUGUACUAUGCCAAGAUGUACGAGUCUGACGCGCAGAGUUGGAAAUGGGUGGUUGAGCAUGUUUUUUAUACGGCCAUCAAGGACUUUUUUCUUCCGCCGAAAACGUUUACCGAGAACGCCGCCGUGUUGCAGAUCGCCGACUUACCGCAUUUGUACAAGGUAUUUGAACGUUGUUAGAUUUUAUUUUUAUAUUUUUGCAAUAAAGGAAAGUAAAACUUA